AUGGGAUUUUUGAGUGGUGUUCUCAGUAACAUCAAAGAGCAUUUAGGGCAGCAUAAAGAGACAAUUACAGAUGCAAUUAACACUCUUAACACCAAUAAACACGCCGGUAAAAAAGGUUUUAGUGUUGCGAUUGGAAGUGUGGUCGAAGGGGUGGGGAGGUAUAAUGAGAGGGUGAAGAGGUCGAAUGAUGAAAUUAAAAAACCCAUUAAAAAUCUUCAAAAGCAAAUUGAUAAAAACAUUGUAAACGCAGUAAAAAGCAUUUUGCCGAACGAAAAUGCAGUCACUAAUGAUGCCUUGAUGCAGGCUGUAGAGUUAAUUAAAAGUAAACUGCUUGAAUGUAAACAAUUUGCAACAGAGUUCAAUGAAGCUCUAAAUACCGGUAAAAAAGAAGAAAUAAGAAAAGCAAUCGACGACUUAAAUCCCAGAUUACAGGAAUGCGUGAGGAACGCUUUGAAGGCUGUGAGCCAUGAGAGUCAGCGGCUCAAUGAGCUGUCGAAUAAGGAAAGUGAGGACUUCGAAGUAACAAACAGAAUCAUCACCGAAACUCUCCAAUCGCUUCACACACAAAUGAACAAGCAUAUUAAUAGGGAAGUAAAAUAUCUUGUAGAGCAAUUCAAAAGACUGGCGAAAGAUAUUUGGAAACAACUUAACGCUAUCGACACUAAGCUGGAAGAGUAUGUGGAGGAGUUGAAGAAAUGGAUAGAUGCGUCCGACAAAAUUGUUGAUACAACGAUAUACGAGGCUGAAGGAAUUGUACAAAAAGGAAUUGGAAAGAAUCAACAAAAUUCUAUCAAACGAGUUGGAGAGCAGUUGGAAAGGCGGAGAAAGGAUCUCGAAACAAAUAUUAAUGGUGUAAAAAGAAAACUUGAAAGUCUGGCGCAGCAAGUUACUGAGCAAGCAGACAGCCUUGAGGUCAAUGUACGUAUUGGGUUGCAGGCGUUGAGGGAUGAUAUUAGUAAGAUGUUAAAUGAUGUGAGAAGCAGCAGUGCGGUGAAUGGCGUAGUCAAAGGUCUGGUAGGUAAGCAGUUCCAGUCUUUAACUGAGUCUAAAAAUGAGCUCACAGCAGUAAUCGGCCGAAUCACAGAAAAUUCUGCGAGCCUUGGUUCUUUGUACAUUAAAGCGUUUAAACAAAAAUUUUAUGAUUUUGCGGAAGCGCUUGAAAAAGCAAAUCUACAAAAAUUCCAAAAUGCUUUAUCACCAAAAUCAAGAAAACUUGAGAGCUAUGUCGGUAUUUUACAACGUAUCAGUAGUAUGUUAAAUGUUCAACCGUCGACAGCCGGAAGUAUAAUGGAGCUUGUAGAAAAGUUGAAUAGUGGAAUGCGUGCUAUAACCGAACACUAUGACGAAAUAACAUCUGGAACGCCAUCUACUGUGAAAAAUCUAAAAAAGCUGUCGACAAGGCAGCUGGCCAAAAAAAUGCCUGGGCGAAAACUCCAAAAAAGUUUCAUUCGGCAAAAAAAAAAUUGCUAA